AUGGAAAUGGGCGGCAUGUUUCUCAACAUACUGUGUUAUGGUGCCGUUGUAAUAAACCCAAUAUGCUAUGGAAUAUCUGAAAUUAAAAAUAAAAAGAAAUUUACAAUAGAAGCGGGAAAGAGAAUUGUUUCAAGUCAUUCAACAAUUACAACUAGAACAGAUUCUUCUGUAGCAUGUACCAGCCUUUGUACAAGCGAUAAAGAUUGUGUCACAGCAAGUUAUGAUAACUUCACAAAACAAUGCAUAUUGGAUUCCGACUGUACCCCAUCGACAGAAAAAUGGCAAAAUGCAGUUCUCAUCCGAAUAAGUGGUAGACCUACUGACUGCUCCGAAAUUCCCAAUGGAAGUAUCAGCGGAGUCUACAAAAUCUUUGCAAACAACAACUGUGUAUCUGUGUAUUGUGAUAUGAAAGGCGAUGGAUGGACGGUGAUCCAAAGACGACAAGAUGGCUUAACAGAAUUUUAUAGAGACUGGUCAGACUAUAAGAAUGGAUUCGGGAGUCUUACAGGAGAACAUUGGCUCGGUAACGACAAUAUAUUCAAUAUUGUGAAUGGAAAGUCUUAUAAGUUGAGAUUUGACAUUAAAAACAAGUCGGGAGAAUGGCGAUAUGCUCAGUAUGAGAUAUUUAAAAUAGCAGAUGAGUCGGAAGAAUACAAAUUAACAUUAGCAGGAUAUAGCGGGAAUGCUGGUGAUGCUAUGUUGAACAAUAAAGACCAGAGAUUAAAUCUGACCGGACAACGAUUCUCAACCAGAGAUCGUGACAAUGAUAUUUUGCCUGAUGGGCAGUGUACUUCCUCACGAAGAGGUGGAUGGUGGUUCAAGUGGUGUUCCUUUUGCAAUCCAAAUGGAAUAUACUUUCCUGAAACUGUAUAUGGUACUGUUGGUAUCUACUGGUAUACAUGGACAAAUUCAUUCGAUGGCAUGCAAUCUGUCACCAUGAAGGUGAAACGUUGAUCCCCAGAAAUUAAAAUAAAAUUUCUACAUUUU